AAUUCAGUAUUCAUUAGAGACUUAAAAUAAUAUUAGCAGUCGAUACGAUUUAGAAUCUAUUGAUUCAUUCAGAUUAAUUCUUUUGGAACGAGCACAUAUAGGCGCGUGACUGGUUUUAACAGUGACGUUUGUAGAUUCGUGACGUUUGCACGACAAAUGAUUUAGUUGCAAACACAAAUCGCUGGAAUAAUACUGUUUGUGUGACUUGUGAGUAAAACAUAGCCCGAAAUGUUUUUCAAAGCGGCUAAUAAAUUUCGUGAAAUGUGAUAAAAUAUCGUGACUUUUUGCCAGAAUUUUCUUUCACGUGGGCCACCAGAAACAAAUGUGGACGAAGGCAUCGAAGGAGGAAAAAGAUAGAAAUAGUACGUAAGAAGGAGAGGUUAAUUCGUGCACGGAAAAGAGUCAGAGAAAGAAAGCAAGAUACGGAGGAAAAGAGAGGACACUCAGUGCCGAAGCUUUAUCUUUAUUAUGCGCCGCUGAGUGAAUUGUCAAGUGAAAUCAGAAAUGGCUGCCAACGAGCAACAACGCAAGGAAUCACGAGAAUUAAGAGAACCAGCCCACCAUGCAAGGAGACCAAUGAAUGCUUUUCUUAUUUUUUGUAAACGUCAUCGUGGUUCUGUGCGAUCUGGUUUCCCACAUUUAGAAAAUCGAGCAGUUACAAGAGUUCUUGGAGAAUGGUGGGCCACUCUUCAUCCAGAUCAAAAACGUUCUUAUACAAAUCUAGCACAGGAGUACAAAGAUGCAUUCUUAAAUGCAAAUCCUGACUUUAAGUGGUACAAAUUACCAGCACCUCCUUUACGUACUUUGAAUACUAGGCCUACAAACAAAAAGGCAGAAACAAAUUCUAAUGAGCAAAUAGUAGAAAGUGUAAAAUGUGAGAACAAGUCUUCCGAUUAUUCGAAAUCUGAUAAGCGAGAUGGACAAUCAAUUCAACCAGGAAAAUUAGCUGAUGAAUCCCAAAUUGGUGGCCUCAGUUCAUUAUUUACACCUCAAAAAACACAAGCAGCAGAUGAGAAAGUAACUAUUAAUGGUUCUGUGAUUGAAAAUGAUAAUGAAGUUCCAAAACCUCCUAAAAAAAGAUAUUUAGAAGUACCUUUUUCAUCUGAUAAUAAGAGAGAAUGUAAAGCUGAUCUUUUUGAUGCAAAAAAGAGAAAAAAAUCUGAAUCAAAUAAUAAUGUGCAUCAAUAUGAUACAGAAGAUGAAAAAACAGAAAUAAAUAAUUUUUUAACUACGAACAUGCCUUCAGAAGAAAGUAAUUUUAGAAGUGAACGAACAUGCAAAGGUUUACGUUAUCAAAAGUUCCUUGCAGAACAAAUGAAAAAUGUUGGUGCAUCAGGACAGCAGCCUAAGAGAAGAAGACAAACUGGAAAUCGUAGCAUUGAUGGUCAAGCAACUGAAAGAAGAAACUCUAUUUCUUCAAAUGUCAGUGAAAAAACAGAUUCCUUGAGUAGUGAAGGUGGAAAUAGCUCUCGCGGCGAAUUAGAGCAUCUUGUUGAAAGCGCCGAGGGAAAUAUAGAGGCAUCAAAGCCAGAAGAGACAGAAACUGAAGGCGCAGAAGGACAAGUUGAUUUUGGACCAUGGACUGCAAGAAAAAGGUUUCGAGCUGAGGACUUUAAUUUAGAAAAGAAAAUUGAAGCGUUACCAUCUUUAAGUUUAGAAGAAUUUCAGGAAAAGAAGAAGCAACAACGUACGAAAAAGAAAAAAAUUGUACAAAAAUUAACAUCGACUUCGAAUAAUAAAAGGCAUCAGAAUAAUUUCGACAGCAACGAUCAAGCAAACGGUCAAAACAAUACAAAAAUAUCCCAAACAGAACGUGAAAAUUCAGAAGAUGCUGAGAAACUUCUAGUUGGAAGUCAAAAAAGGAAAGCACGAAAACAAAGCAUUACACGUAACGCGGCAGCUAUAAAUGAUUCAAAGCAAAUUGAGAUCGAGGAACCCAAUAAAUCAUGGUGUGCAUCGCCGGACUUAGAAGCACUGGCAUGUCUUGCAGCAGUUGCCGCCAACAGAACAAAACUUACCAAAAAUAAUACAUAAGAGAUAUAUAUUUUUCAUAUUUAGCAGUUGUUCAUGACGUAAACUUGUGCUAAGUAAACCAAAAUCUUAUUCAUUUAUUUCUUAAUACAAUUUCUUAUUAGCUGAAUUAUUGAAAUAAUUGCUUUCAUUGCUGUUAAAAAAAAAAAAAAAAUAAUAACGUUUCCGAUUUAUCAAAAAUGUACUACGUUAUUAUUGUUAAUAUCUAUGUCGUUAAUCGCUGUUAAUAUGAAUAUUAAUACUGUGACUGCUAUAAUUAUUUCGUCACUCAAAAUGUAAAAAUAUUUCUUUUAUGUUGCAUGAAUGUCCCACAAAUGUGGUUUAUGGAAUAUAGUUUCUUGUAUAGUUUGUUAAUGAAUAAUCUUGUUACUAUUACAUACUGAAGAAAGAUUCUAGUUUUCACUUUGCGUUGCGUGUAAUUAUUAAAAUGUUACGUCAAGCAUUCUAUACCUGUUAAUAAAUACCUGCAGUGCAGAUGAUAGCCAUUUUAUCUAACUUGAAAUAAAAAUGCCCGCAUAUUGAUAUUCAUUGGGAAAUUUGUGCAACUUCCAACAAAGGACGUAUUAUAGUCAUAUAGGACCUGACUAGGUAAAUAUUCGCUGAAGGAAAGGAAAGGUGCAUGCAAUAAAAGAGUGUUAGUGAGCGUGUAUUAUGAUGAUAUUGGCAGAGCAAGGAUUUGAUCUUGCAAAUUAAUUUUUUUAAUAUAAAAUGUUAUAAAUACUAUGAAGAAGGGACGGUAACAAAACCGUGAACCUUCACAAAGCCGAUGAGCAGGGCAUUUUAUCAUAUCUAUGUGUAGUAACGAUAACACGUAAUAAUUGCAAAGUCACUUGUUACUAUUUUUGUUAUUAUCAUCGGCGUACGUUUUAUCUAUAUUUCAUUAUGUUCUGUAAACAUUUUAUGUACAUAGAAAUAGGUGCAGUAUUAUGGAAGAUAUCCUUCAUGAUCUGAAUAUCAAAAAAGGAUAUAAUCAAAAUAUAUAUGUAUAAAUAUAUAUAUAUAUAUACAUACGCAAUAUACAUGUACACAUGAAAGAGACCACUGUUUAUAUGCUGUACGUGCGUACAUGUAAAUAUACAUAAUAACGUUACGUAUGCAAAAUAAAAAAUGUAAAUUUUAUUAUUAGCGAAUGUUCAAUAUCAAGAAGCGUAUGUAUACGUGUAUGUAUAUAAUUUGAUAAGACUACGUAUAUAUAUAUGAAUGUAUAUUUAUAAUAUUUAUAUAACUAUUAUUCUAGAAUUAAGACCAUGAAAAAUGCGUUUCUGUGCUCUGUUUGAGAAAGUAAGGGACUUGUCUGUGAUUUUGGCUAAAGGAGUUUUUAAUAUUUUAUAUUUUUCUAUUGAUUUUUUCUCUCGUUUUUCUUUCUCACUUUUUUAAUUUCAUUGAAGUCUAACUCCAGACACUAUUAGUGAAAUGAUAGGAACAAUUAAUGUUAGUAAAUUCCUCUGUAAUAUGGAAAUGAGUAUACUGAUUAUAUUUCAAAUGUGCCUUGAAGAGAUAUGAACAUAGAUAUUAAACAAUGACCAACAAUAUAUUUUCGAUUCGUUUCGUAAUUCUAAAUGUUUUUUGGCUUUUACAUUUAUACCUUCCACAUUUUCUAAUUGUGGUUACGGUACAUAACUAUAGCGAGGCUUUUACGGCCAACGUCCGAAUAUUUGGAAUUAUAAAAGAAAAAAUUAAGGGAAAGUGUUUCGAAUUUUACUGCACAAACAUCUAUGUACCUAGCUUUAAAAGUAUAAUUUACACGAACAUAUAUAUUAUAUAUAUAUAUAUAUAUAUCUAUAUUAUAUAUAUACUUGUAACAUAUUGUAUACCGUUUAUAUGAAUAAUAAAGAUAUAAUAUUUUGAUGUAA